GUCAGCCGUGCUUAUCCAGCAGCACUAGGCUUGAAACCAAUCAACACUCUAGAGCGAAGGUUAUCCCCAUACUAUCCUAGUGAAGUGGACACAUGCCGUCUGCGUCUGGAGAGUUCGGCAUUGGCGGUGCAGCCCCGACUCACAAGGAGGUCCAGACCGCCAUCGACCAGUCCACCGCAAAAAUGGAGAGCAUGAUGACGGAAAGUUAGGAACCGUCAUGGAAGCCCUGUCUCGGUUAGUGCCCGAGACACCGCCCGCUGGAAGUACGACCGGAGCGGGCGGCGGGNAUCCCCAUACUAUCCUAGUGAAGUGGACACAUGCCGUCUGCGUCUGGAGAGUUCGGCAUUGGCGGUGCAGCCCCGACUCACAAGGAGGUCCAGACCGCCAUCGACCAGUCCACCGCAAAAAUGGAGAGCAUGAUGACGGAAAGUUAGGAACCGUCAUGGAAGCCCUGUCUCGGUUAGUGCCCGAGACACCGCCCGCUGGAAGUACGACCGGAGCGGGCGGCGGGGGAGAGUCACGGGGGGGAAGGCACGCCCUUCCCGGCGCUGGUCGUGUGGAUCAAGCGCCGAUCACCGGACAGGGGCUCGAGGGAGAACGAGGACUGCCGGACACAGCCCCGCAAGGACCCACGCUGCCGUCUGCGGGGGGCGUCUCGCGCGAAAGCGAAACCGAAACCAGUGACCCGCCGGCAAGGUACGACCCGACCAUGAAGGCCCGUAUCCCACGCCUCAAGCAGCUAUACUUCGAUGGCCAAGAAAAGAACUGAGUAAUGUUCAAGAACGACCACAUGACUCAGGUAGGUGCAAACGUGCGGAAUGAUGCAUGCUCUGAACGAUAGCCGAGACAUUGAGAUCCAAGGGAUGGAUGACGAUGGAAUGAUAGAACAGGGGGUAGCUGCAGAAGAGGUUCAUGUGUACCGGGAUUUGUGGGGCACGUUGGUAGGAGCGAUUUCAGACGAGACUACCAAGCUUAUGGUUUACAAUAGUAAGGGGCCCUCAGCAGCGUGGCGUGCACUUGAGCAGACGUUCACCCCACGAACUGGUGGC